AUGGAAAUGCGUGCUGGUAAGGGUGAUAAUACUAAUAGCAGACAUGUUAUGUGUGAUGUGGAGUUAUCAAAAAUUAUAUCGUUUGAAAACAUCAAGCGAUCGUUAGUCGAGCGUACGGCGGGGGCAUUGUUGCGACCGAUUGUAAUCGAUGGGCCAUUGAUUGGCAUAAGCUACGACCAGAAGUACGCAUUGGAUGGUCAUAUAAGCUGCCUUGAGAAUUACGUCCGGCGGGUGAAAACAACCAGAAAGGUACGUCGGGGAUUCAGAAUUAUGAGACCAUAUCCGGUGCAAGCAUUGGUUAAGCUUUUGUUUUACUUUAUUGCCCGUGGACAUAAGACUACCGCUUUCUUACCAAUUUUUUUUGAUGAGCAACAGUUGGAUGAAUCGUGCUGCACUCAAUGUGCAUUGGUUAGUAAUGUGGAGCAAUUCCGCAAGCUUGUACUUCUGAAGUUAAUUAAAUUCUUACCGGAUGAAAAUUUUGCUAGUCGAAUAAAGCUUUAUACUGCCGACUGUCACGGAAUUUUGGUUACCAGUCCGGAAGCAUUCUAUUUUAACAAUUCUAAUUUGGAUCGGAAUGGUCACUCGGAAGAGAGCAUUACGUCUACCAGUGCCACAAAUACUUCGCACGAUUUAAUGUAUAGCACAAUGAUAUCCGAGAUGCUGUUCGAUAAUAACAAAUUACCGGUCAUCAUACCUCUUUUCCGACCGUACAACCAUAGAUUGAUUAUUACCUUAGAUAUUAUCCGCUGGAAGAAGAUAUUGCAAGUAGAGCAGGGUGAAAUUAGUAUCACCCAGUACAAGUUAUUAAUUGACGAACAACUGACGCUUCAGACACAGUUUGGAUUGUUGAAUAAGCUAGUUCCGAUGCUGGAUGAUCAGUUUCCAUGUGGACCACCUGAUGCUGAGAUUGUCCCACUUUUUCAGCGUACACUAGAACUUGUUGACUAA